CUAUAAACACACCGUACACACUGCAAUCGCACACUCUUCAUCCCCUUCAUCAUCCCUCCACAACAAACCAAAUAGCACUAAAAAAAAAAUGGUUUUCUUUUACAGAGUAGCAAGAGCAUCAGAGUAUUUAGCCAUAACCGGGUUCCAAAUAAAAGACAUAAAACUAGCGAAAAAAGCAUGGAUAUUCCCAGGGCAAUCAUGCACAGUGUUCGACAUCUCCCCAGUGAACUACACCUUCGAAGUUCAAGCCAUGAGCGCCGAGAAACUCCCCUUCGUCCUCCCCGCCGUCUUCACCAUCGGCCCUCGUGUCGACGGCGAGGACAGUCUUCUCAGAUACGCCCGCCUCAUCUCCCCCCACGAUAAACUCUCAAACCAUGUCAAAGAACUCGUCCAAGGCGUCAUCGAAGGUGAAACUCGGGUGCUCGCUGCUUCCAUGACUAUGGAGGAGAUCUUCAAAGGUACCAAAUCUUUCAAAGAGGAGGUUUUCGAGAAGGUUCAAUUAGAACUCAAUCAAUUCGGGCUUUUGAUCUACAACGCCAAUGUGAAGCAGCUUGUGGAUGUUCGUGGCCAUGAGUAUUUCUCUUAUUUAGGGCAAAAGACACAGCAAGAGGCGGCGAAUCAGGCGAAGGUGGAUGUGGCGGAGGCGAAGAUGAAGGGGGAAAUUGGGGCAAAGACGAGGGACGGGCAAACGUUGCAGAAUGCGGCGAAGAUCGAUGCGGAGACGAAGAUAUAUUCGACGAAUAGACAAGGGGAAGGGAAGAAGGAGGAGAUCAAAGUGAAGGCGGAGGUGAAGGUGUAUGAGAAUAAGAGGGAGGCGGAGGUAGCGGAGGCGAAUGCGGAGUUGGCGAUGAAGAAGGCUGGGUGGGCGAGGAAGGCGGAGGUGGCGCAAGUGGAGGCGGAGAAGGCGGUGAAGCUGAGAGAGGCGGAGUUGCAGAUGGAGGUGGAGCGAAGGAAUGCUUUGACACAAACGGAGAAGUUCAAGGCCGAGUGUCUUAGUAAAGCCCUUGUUGAUUAUGAGAUGAAGGUGCAAGAAGCAAACUGGGAGCUGUACAAGAAGCAAAAGGAAGCGGAAGCAUUGCUCUAUGAACAACAAAAGGUGGCUGACGGCCAGAAAGCGGUGGCGGAGGCGGCGUUCUUCUCUCGCCGGCAAGCGGCUGACGGUGAACUUUAUGCAAAGAAAAAAGAAGCUGAAGGAUUGGUAGCAUUGGCAGAAGCUCAGGGUGCUUACUUAAGUACAUUACUAGGAGCAUUAGGUGGAAACUAUACUGCUUUGAGAGAUUACUUAAUGAUAAACCAGGGAAUGUACCAAGACAUAGCUAAGAUCAAUGCCAAUGCCAUUCAAGGACUUCAGCCAAAGAUUAGUGUUUGGACCAAUAGUGGUGGUGAUAAUAAAAGUGAGGGAGGAGCAAUGCAGGAGCUCGCCGGAGUUUAUCGAAUGUUGCCGCCAUUGUUCAAGACUGUGCAUGAACAGACAGGGAUGAUACCUCCAACUUGGAUGGGUGCAUUGCCUCAAACUUCUACAGAAUGAUAAAAUUAAAUGGUAUUAUUUCAGUGAAUAUAUAUGUGUGUGUGUGUUUGUGAGUGGUUUAAUCAAUAAUAAGGGAACUGAUCUCCUUCCAUAUGUAUGUUUAUAUAUGUAUUAAUGUUGCUUAAUGUUAAUGUUGAACGUUGAUGUUUGAGAGA